AUGGCCGGGGAGCAGCAAGCCCUCAGCAGCCUGCAGCUGGUGGCGUUCCGCGAUGUGCUGGAUAAUGUGGUGCAGCAGGCGCAUGCCGAACUGCAGCAGCUCGCGGAGCGGCUGCCAGCCGUGGGAGACGAGGAGCGCAAGCGCCAGCUGCUGCAGCACCUGCAGACCACGCGGCAGCGGCUGCAACGCCUGCACGUGUGCGCGCAGUGGGCGCACAAGGCAAAGGCGGUCAACACGUGCCGGGAGGUUCUCAAGGCGUCACAGGACCAUGGCGCAGCCUUUGUGCACGCGGCCGACGAGCUGUUCCGGCUGAACGAGGAGCUCCGCUUCUGCCGGGCCCCGCUGUUUGACGUCAGCUUCGCGCUGCACAUCAUGCAGACAGGCACCUACCGCCUGCUGCCCAGUGUUAUUGAAGAUGAGCUGCAGCAGCCGGGGCAGCGGCUGGAGCGGCCCGGCGAGGUGGAUGAGGCGCGGCGCGGCCAGCAGCGGCGCGAUGCCCUGCGCCGCCUCGACUUCCUGCUCCGCUCCAAGCUGCUGGCGAGCGAGCUGCCGGCUGGCAUGCGGGUGCUGCGGGUGCGCGGCGGCCAAGCCUGGGUGGCAGGCGGUGGCGGGCAGUACAAGGCGCAGCUGACGCUUGUACCUGCGCCGCGCGACGACGUGACGCUGGCAAAGUAUCGGCCGCCAGGCGAGGCCGAGGAGGCUGAAGGCAAGCAUCAGCGGCAGUGGCUGCAGCAGCACAUCGAGCAGCGCAUGUGGGUGGCAGGCGAUGUGGAGCAGCUGGCGAGGCUGGGCAAGACGGGGUGGGUGGUGGUGCCGCAGCCGGCGUCUGCAUCCAAGGAGCAGCAGCAGGGCAAGGCCUCCUCGGCGCCCGCACCCAGCAGCAGCCUGGCGCUCAGCCAGCAGCCAGCAGCAACGGCAGACAGCAAGGAGCAGCUGCCACUGGUCAGAGACGAGCUCGAUCAGCAGCAGCAGCAGGGGGAGGCAGGCCAGCAGCUGCCGCCGUUUUCCAUCAGCCCUCUGGCUGCCAUGCAUGCCAUCCUGUGCCAGACAGCCGGCAGGCUCGCGCUGUUCAGCAUUCUGCUGUCAGACGCACGGCAGCUGGAGGGCGGCAGCUGGAAGGGCUGCCUGAAGCUGAGCCGGGCGGCGUCCGGCAGUGGCAUCAGGCUGGCCUACUGGCAGCAGCUGCCGGUUGUCGGCUACUCUGAGCUGCUGUGCCUGCGGGAGGGCCAGCCGUACCAGCUGGAAGCAGGCGGGACCCAGCAGCAGCAGCAGGAGGCGCCGGCGGUGGAGGUUUCGCUGCAGGAAGAUGGCAGGCUGGCCGCCGCCAGCAGCCCGCAGCUGCAGCACCCGCAGAGCGGCGAGCACAUCCAGCUGCCGCUGCCGCUAGACAGUGCGGCCAGCUUGAGUGCAGACCGGCUGCUGCUGCAGGCCGCGGCCAGCAGCGCGGCGGUGCAGCUGGCAGCGGUGCAGGCGGUGCUGCAGCGUGCCGGCAGGCUGGCGCCAGCUGGCAACCAUGCCGAGCUGCUGCUGCUGGGCGCGGCCAGCCCGGCGGCAGGCACGGCAGGGGUGGCCGCGCAGGCGCCGCCGCCCACGUCGCCGCUGCUGCAGCUGUGGAGCGGCGGCAGCCUGCAGCUGAGCCUCACCGUGCAGCUGCGCAGCGGGCGGCUGCUGCUGGCCGCAGGCUCUGCGCUGCUGGAAAGCGAGCAGGGGCCCAGCGCAGCCGCCGCCGUUGCAGCGGCCCAGCAGCAGCUGGAUGCAGCGCAGCGAGAGGCGCUCACGCAGCCCCUGCCUCCCGGCAGCAGCCGGGGCAUGCUGGGCGCCGCGCUGGCUGCCGAGGCGCUGGGCCGGCUCAGCCUGCAGCUCAGCAUGCGGCAGCGCAUGGAUGCGGCGGCGGCGGAUGCGUCCGCGUGCGGCCUGCGGCGCGCCACGCUGCCGGCCCGCCUGCUGCAGCAGCACCUGCGGCAGGUGGCGUUGCUGGUGGAGCCGCCCACCCCCAACACCCUCACGCUGGCGCUCCCUGCCUUCCUGCCGCCCCCAGACAUGCAGCAGUGGGCUCGCCAGCAGCAGCAGCAGCCGGGGAGCGGCGGCGCCGGUGCGGCAGGCAUCGACGGCGGCGCCACCCGCUGCUUCUUGCUCAUCGACUUUGGAGAGGCGGCGGCGGCGGGCGGCACCAACGGCAACGCCGAGCGGCGCGGCGCGCCGCCGCGGCUGCUGCUGGCUGUGUGCAGCUGCACCGGCCGGGGCACCGUCACCCGUGUGCUGCAGCUGUCGGAGCUGCCGCAGGAGCUGCUGCUGCAAGCGCAGCAGGCAGCAGAGGGAGCAGGAGGCGCCCUCGCCGGCAACGCGCCCGCCAGCCGGAAGCGGCGGGCCGACGACGCGGCAGCAGACGGGGAGGGCGAGCAGCCGGCGCCGGCGCCGGCGACGCGCGGCGGCGGCGGCGGCCGGCUGGGCCUGGCCUCGCUGUCAUCCUGGUGCCGCCGCCAGGCCAGCUGGGCGGCGCUGCGUGCUCAGAUGCUGCUGCUGCCGGUGCAGUACGCUGAGGAGCUCGCCCUGGCGCCAGCGGCGCAGCAGCAGCCAGCGCAGGCGCAGCAGCUGCAGCCGCCGCCGCAGCAGCAGCAGGUCAUUCGCCUGCCCAAGGCGCCAGUGCUGGGCGAGCUGGAAAGCUGGGCGGCGGCCCACCUGGCGGCCCAGCACGGCGGCAGCAACGCGCGGGCACCCCCGCCAGCCCGCCGCCCCGUCGCCACCAUGCAGCUGGAGGCGGGCGAGGCGGAGGCUGGCGCUGGGAGGUGGCGGGUGGACAUAGCAUCGGCCUAUUUUGGGCACCUGGAGCAGCUGCUGCGCCGGCAGGGCAUCGCGCUGGCGCCGCCGCAGCCCGACGCCGCGCACAUUGCGGCGCACAGCGGCGGCCUUACCAUGCACUACUCCCUGCAGAAAGGCAAGCGGGAAAGAACAUUUGAGCAGCGGCGGCGGCAGCAGCAGCAGCAGCGGAGCUCAGCAGGGAUUGAUGGCGCUUGCCGACACAGCGUGCUGACCGGCGUGACAGACAUGGUGCGCGUGGGCAUGCUGCACCUCUGCCUCACCCGCCUGGCCGGCUGCAUGGCCGUCAACCCCCUGGCCGCCGCCGCCCAGGCACUGGCAGCGGCGGCCGCAGCGGGGCCGCCGCCGGCAGGCGCGGCAGCGGCCGGCGGCGCCAACGGCGGCUUGGCGGCCCCUGGCGGCGGCGUAGGUCUCCUGGGGAGCAUGGAUUUCCUGGCGAGCGGCGGCAUGGACCUUCUGGCAGGCGCCAAGGAGCCGGGCAAUGGGGGGCUGCCAAACGGCGUGGCUGCGCCAGGCGGCCAGGGCCCCGCCGGGCCGGCCAGCGGUGGCGAGGCGGCUGAGGGCCUGGUGUGGCCGCUGCCGGGCUGCGGCUCGGUCCGGCUGCAGGCAGCGGGGCUGACGCACGUGGAGCUGCUGGUGGCGCCGCCGCCGGCGCCCAAGGGCCAGCUCGGCGCGGCCGCGCAGCCGCCUCCGCCGCCGGUGCGGGUUACGGUGACGUGGGCAGACACGCUGGCGGGCGCCCCGCGCGCGGCGGGCGGCGGCGGCGGCGGCCUGAUGCAGCACAUCCGGUGCGGCGUGGCUUGCGAGCCGCCGCUGCCGCCGCCGGUGACCGCGGCACUGGCGCAGCAGCUGGAGGCGGGGCGGGCCGACCUUUUCCUGGAUGCCCUCUGCCUGGCCGCCCACUCGGCGGCCGCGGCGGCGGCGCAGCUGACGCCCCAGGCCCAGCGCGCCGCGGGCCUGCUGCCCGGCGCCGUCAAGCUGCUGGGCGCGGGGGGCGAGGCCACCAGCAGCGUCGAGGGCGCGGCAGGCGGCGCGCACAGCUCGGCGCUGCGCCUGCGGGCGCAGGUGCAGCACGGCGAGCACGCGGCCACGCUUUGCCUGAGCUUCCAUGCCGUGGGCUACACGCUGCUGCAGCUGCAGCCCGCCCAGACCCACGCUGCCAAUGCCGCCGCCGCCAGCUGGAUGCCUGCCAUGUGGCAGCGCCUGUCGCAGCGCGUCCCAUCGUUCGCCCCGCUGGACGCCGGCGGCCUUGCGCCCACCGCCGCCGACGGCGGCGGCAGCAGCGCGCAGCAGGCGGCUGCGGGCGAGGCCCCGCAGAAGCGGCUGGUGCGGCAGGCAUGGGUCCACAGGGACGGCCUGGCCGCGGUGCUGGCCGAAAUCCUGCACGCAGUGGGCGCCCCCGCUGCUGCCGCCCCCGCCGAUGGCACGGCACUUGCAUGA